AUGAAUGUCGAGAAUAUUGCACAUUUCAAUGAAUUACAGGAGAAUGCAAUUUUACUGGGCUUGCCCAGAGAGCAGUAUGUGUUUCUGAAGUCACCAACCGACGAAGAGAAGCUCGAAUUAUUGAGGCGUGCGAUAGCAGUACUAUACACGCCAAGCAAUGAACACUUUGGGAUUGUACCCGUAGAAGCGAUGUAUAUGAAAUGCUGUGUGAUUGCACCAAAUAGCGGUGGACCGCGCGAAACUAUUGUUAAUGAAGAGACUGGAUUUUUGGUAAAUGAAAACCCGGAUUCAUUUGCAGAAAAGAUGGCAGAACUUAUCAAAGACAAACGUAAGGCUGAAGCUAUGGGUAGCGCUGGUCGCAAAAGAGUUGAAUCCGUUUUUGCGAUGGAUAAUUUUGUUCUGCAACUGGAAAAUUUGAUACGUGAAGUUUUUUUUAUCUGA